CUGAAAAUUCAUUUAGUUCAUUUAAAGCCUCUGUUGAAUUUACUUCUAAAAUAAUAAUUUGUGUUGCAGAAAAUCAUAGAGAUUUUUCUUGAUGUUUGGGAAUUUGAUGGGAAUGGUGCCAAAUCAGUGAUAUUUCUAUUCGGCUAGUGAUGUUAUUAUUGUGCGCUUGAUUAAUAUUUUUGAACACAAAAAACCAAAUCUGCUUAUUAAAGAGUACACAGAGCUUGCAAAUUUUUUUUUCUCCCGUAAUUCCUUGAAAAUCGAAAUUGGCGCAACAAAGAAAACGUUGACUAUUUACCAUAACAGAAGAUAAUAAAGAAAACGAGUAGAGGGAAAGAAAAUCGAUAAAAAAAAACUUUUGAAAGGCUUCCCGUUCGUAUUACGUGCAUUCUGUAAACGAUUAUUUGUGCUAUUAUCGGCCAACUGUAAUUGUUGGUGUCUUUGACAAUUUUCGAACAAUUAGUCUCCUUAAAAUCCCAAAAACGGAGCCUACUAACCAGAAACCGACACAGCUUUCAAAAGGGCGUAUCCUUGAACGGAUAUCGCCACAUCGGUAACAAACGAUUAACAAUGGAUCAAUCUGAAAAGUUUUCAGAUUAUCUUUUCGCUAAAAUGGGACCACCGAUAAUUGGAAAUAAUGACAACGAAUGUCCGAGAAAAACAACUGACAGCUGUGAGGCACCCAUCGAAUUGACCGGGUUCCGGAAAUGGUUCAGUGAAAACUUGAUGCUGUUGGUGACACUGUCUGGCGUUUUGUUUGGUGUUGUACUGGGCUUCAGUCUGCGAACGCUAAACCUAAGCCACGAUUCAAUCAUGCUUAUCUCAUAUCCAGGCGAAUUAUUUAUGCGAAUGCUUAAGCUAAUGAUUCUGCCAUUGGUAAUAUCCAGUCUAAUAGCUGGUUCGGCAAGUCUAAAUGCACGCAUGAACGGACGCAUUGCACUGCGAACAAUUUGCUACUUUGCAUCAACGUCAUUUUUCAACGCGCUGCUGGGCAUCUGUUUGGUUCUGUUAAUACAUCCCGGCGAUCCGGGAUUACAUUCCAGUAAAAUUUCGACGAGUGAUGACAACAAAACGGCAAACUUGUUGGAUAGUUUGUUGGAUUUGGGAAGAAACAUCUUUCCGGACAAUUUAUUUCAAGCGUCCUUCCAGCAAGCCCACACUGUGUAUGUGCCAAAAACAAACAUAGUCAUUGGCAACAGCACGGACAAUGAUACAGCAAAUGUAAUUCAAGUUCUGCAACGGGAAAUUCACUAUCGACCCGGCACCAACACCCUUGGCAUCGUGUUCUUCUGUUUGGUGUUCGGAACGCUGCUGGGAACCAUUGGCGGAAAGGGACAAGUUGUAAUCGAUUUCUUUUCAGCUAUAUUCGAUGUGGUGAUGCGAAUGGUGACUUGUGUGAUGUGGCUGACGCCGAUCGGAAUUAGCAGUGUGAUAGCAGGGAAAAUUUUAGAUGUUAACGAUUUGUCGUUGGUGAUGUAUCAACUGUGUUGGUUCAUUGUUACGAUUGCGAUUGGAGUCUUCUUUUAUCAGCUGGUUGUGAUGCAGUUUAUUUACUUUGUUUUUUUGAGGAGAAAUCCGUUUAAAUUUUACUGUGGUCUAAUUCAUCCGAUGCUAACAGCAUUCGCAACAGCUUCAACGGCUGCUGCACUUCCUAUAACAUUUCGUUCCAUGAAUGAUAAGCUUCGCAUAGAUCCGCGUAUCACGCGAUUUGUUCUUCCGAUUGGUUGCAACAUUAACAUGGAUGGAACGGCACUAUUUAUAGCAGUUGCUUCGAUAUUUAUUGCUCAGAUGAGUGGCAUGACCUUGGGAUUUGGUGAGCUAGUGACCGUUUUGUUAACAUCAACGGCCGCUUCAAUGUCAUCAGCAUCGGUACCAAGUGCGGCCCUAGUUUUAUUAUUGGUGGUUCUAUCGGCUAUUGAUGCUCCAGUUACUGAUGUCACUUUGUUGUUUACCAUUGACUGGUUUGUUGACCGGAUUCGUACGACCAAUAAUAUGCUGGGUGAUUGUUAUGCAGCCGCUGUUGUCGAGGAACUGUCCAAAAAGGAAUUAAUGGCUCUGGACGCAGCGGUACUGUAUCAGGAUACACCGGUUACACCCAACGGGCACAUUGUUGCCAAUGGCCAGAAUGAUUUAGGUAGGAAAACUUCACUACCCGAUUCGGUUAUUGUCGAAAUGGGAAAUAACGGUGUGACUAUGCCGAACGGACUGAUUCUUAACGGAAGUAUAGUGGACAAACAAGGGAAGUGAAAUGGUUGGCUGUUCACUCUAAGUCCAAAGAUAUUUACAAAGAAAAUGGUUUUCGAUGGAUUUUGAAUGAUUGUAAGCCGUUGGUGGGCUUGUUCCAGAUCAUUUUUAAAUUAUUAUUUUUUCGUUGGAAAAAGAUUUAAAAUAAUCAAAGCAAAUUACAUACCCAAUAACCAACCCAACACACCCUACUCAAAAACCAGAAAUUGUGAUCGGUAUCGGAAACACGGCUGAAUGAAAGAAAAACUCGAUUUUUGUUUCCUUGAAUAAAAUAUUUAGUUCAAAUAGUGAUCUAUGGAAUUUGUUGUUACUCUUCGACCUUCUUACUAACGUUUCAGUAUUUAAAAAAAAAUAAAAUUGUUUUUUA